AUGAGUGCAAAGGGGGAGGAGGAGAAGAAAAUCAAGAACUCCGUGGAAGAGAGUCAUGCUGCCACCGUCGCUGACCGCCUCGACGUAGAUUCCCCUCAAGAGCAGUCUGGCUUUGCAGCAUACACAAGGAUCUUCAAGUAUGGAAGCUCAAUCGACUAUAUGUUGCAAGGCAUCGCCAUUGCGGCUGCCGUUGUUUCUGGCGCUGGAAUCGCCCUGCAAAAUCUUAUCUUCGGAGAGUUCAUUACCAUCCUUACCCAAUUCACCUCCGGAGAAUCUGCACCAGGCCAAUUUCGCGAGGACGCAGCAGAACUUGCUCUUUAUUUCGUCUAUCUAGGAAUCGGAAGAUUCAUACUAUCUUAUAUCUACAACACACUGUUGACUUACACCUCUUAUCGCAUAACUCGAAACAUUCGGCAUCAUUACCUUAAAGCUGCGCUCAGCCAAGAAAUCGCAUUUUUCGAUAUCGGCAGCGGUGGCUCGAUAGCCACACAGGCUACCUCUAACGGCCGAUUGAUUCAAGGUGGGAUCAGCGAGAAGUUCGGUCUGACGUUCCAAGGCCUCUCUUCCUUCAUUACCGCCUUCAUCAUCGCCUUCGUCGCCCAAUGGAAGCUCACCCUUAUCUGUCUGUGCAUUGCGCCCGCAACCCUCAUCGUCAAUGGCGCUGCUGCUGGUAUGAUGGCUGGUUAUGAGACCAGGAUGCUUGAGAUAUUUGCGCAGUCGAACUCCUUUGCUGAGGGUAUUCUUUCUAGCGCACGUACAAUAUCUGCUUUCGGCAUGCACCAGAACCUAGUCGGGAAUUUCGACAGCUAUUUGAUCGACGCCCACAAUGUUGGAAAGAAGAUCUCACCACUCUUUGGUAUUUUGUUCUCUUCCGAAUACUGCAUCAUUUACCUCGGUUAUGGGUUGGCCUUCUGGCAGGGUAUUCGGAUGCUGGCUCGGGGUGAGAUUCAUAAUGCUGGCACAAUAUUCACUGUCCUUUUGUCGGUUAUCAUCGCGGCUACCAGUCUCACAACCCUCGCACCGUACUCAAUUGACUUCACAAGGGCUACAGCAGCGGCAGCCAAACUGUUCGAUUUGAUCGAUAGGAAAUCUCAAAUCGACCCCUUCAAUACAAAUGGCAAGCAGCCAGUGGAGACAAUUGGAAAUAUUGAGCUCCAGGAUAUCACCUUCGCAUACCCGACGCGGCCAGGUGUCACUAUUCUUAACAAGUUCUCUCUUAAGAUCCCUGCUGGCAAAGUCACAGCUCUAGUGGGUCAAUCGGGCUCAGGUAAAAGUACUAUUAUCGGCCUCAUCGAGCGAUGGUACAAUGUCCAGUCUGGCUCUAUCACCCUAGAUGGUUGUCCAAUUCAGGAAUUGAAUCUCAGUUGGCUUCGGAGGAAUGUCCGCCUUGUUCAGCAGGAGCCCGUCUUAUUUCAAGGAUCCGUAUUCGACAACAUCAAGCACGGCCUCGUCGGUACACAGUGGGCAAAUGUCACACGCCAGGAGCAAAUGGAGCGCAUCCAGGAAGCUUGCAAAAUCGCGUUUGCACACGAUUUCAUUUCUGGCCUUCCCAACGGAUAUGAUACUGAGAUUGGACAGCGCGGUGGCUUACUUUCUGGUGGUCAGAAGCAGCGUAUUGCUAUUGCCCGUAGCAUUGUGUCUCAGCCUAAGAUCCUUCUCCUUGAUGAGGCUACUAGUGCAUUAGACCCUAAUGCUGAAGGUAUUGUUCAGCAAGCACUUGACAAGGCCUCUGAGGGUCGCACAACAGUCGUUAUUGCGCAUAAACUCGUUACCAUUCGAAAGGCUGAUAAUAUCGUCGUCAUGGCUAAGGGGAAGAUCAUCGAGGCGGGUUCCCACGAGGUAUUGAUGGCCAAGGGCGAAGCUUAUGCACGUCUCGUCCAAAUCCAGAAUCUCAAUGUGCCGGAGGCUGUAUCUCCAGAUGAUAUAGUAGUUGAAGAAACACCCAACUCAAAGCUGGAGUCCCUUGACUUGACCAGGACUGCGACACAGUACGCUGUUUCCGUAGAUCAACGUAUGGAAACUCAAAAAGAGCGUGAUAACUACGAUCACCACGGCCAGCAGGGAAUCCUAAACGUCAUUACCCGUCUCAUCCGGCUGACACCUGAACUUGCCUGGACGUACUUCAUCGUGUUUGCUGGGUGUGUUUUAGCUGGUGCCACUUUCCCUGGCCAGGCAAUUUUGCUCGCCCAUAUCAUGGAAAUAUUCCCCCUUCAAGGCCGAGAAAUGGAAGACAAAGGAAGUUUUUAUGCUACUAUGUACAUCGUCCUUGCCGUCGGCUGUUUCAUCGCCUACUUUGCUCUCGGAUAUGCUACCAAUGUCGUCGCGCAGCAACUGAGUCACAAGCUGCGCAAACUCGGUCUCCAUCACAUGCUCCGCCAGGAUCUUCAAUUCUUCGACCGCACGGAGAAUAACGCAGGUGCUCUUACCAGUCGGGUCGACUCCAACCCGCAGUCAGUCCUAGAGUUGAUGGGCUACAACAUCGGACUCAUUCUCGUCGCGGUAUUCAACAUCAGCGCCUGCAGCAUACUGGCUAUCGUGUAUAGCUGGAAGUUUGGCUUAGUCGUUGUGUGUGCUGGUCUCCCACCACUUGUCACUGCCGGCUACUUGAAAAUUCGAUUUGACGCGAAGCUCGACCGGGAUGUUUCUAAACGCUACUCUGCAAGUGCCUCCAUCGCAUCAGAAGCAAUAACUGCCAUUCGUACUGUGUCCUCGCUCACUAUCGAGGAAUCUGUCCUUGAAAAGUAUACUGAAGAACUUGAUCAAGCCGUGGCACACUCCAAGAAGCCGCUGUUCACCUUAAUGCUAUGCUUUGCUUUCACUCAAGCCAUUGAGUAUUGGUUCAUGGCUCUUGGAUUCUGGUACGGCUGCCGUCUCCUGUCGUUUGGGGAAAUCAGCCCGUACGCCUUCUUCGUUGCCUUUAUGGGUGUCUUCUACUCGGGACAGUCAGCUGCACAGCUCUUCCAAUUCUCGACGAGUAUCACCAAGGGUAUCAACGCAGCCAACUACAUCUUCUGGCUCGAGGAGCUUCAGCCAACUAUCCAGGAGACUCCAGAAAACCGCGACAACACUCCCAGCUCAGGAGAUGCAAUCGACAUGAACAAUCUUCGAUUCAGCUAUCCCCUCCGCCCUGAGACCACAGUUCUAAAAGGCGUUGAUCUCGAGAUUCGAAGAGGCCAAUUCGUUGCAUUUGUCGGUGCAUCCGGGUGUGGCAAAUCAACCAUGAUCGCACUACUCGAGCGCUUCUACGAUCCUUCGUCCGGCGCAAUCAAUAUUGACAGUGUCUCGCUGACUACGCUCAACCCGCACGCGUUCCGCCGUCUCGUGACCCUUGUGCAGCAAGAACCUACCCUGUUCCAAGGCACUAUCCGUGAGAACGUCGCGCUAGGCGUCAGCGACUCGGACAUCGAUACCGCAGCCUCAGACUUCAAUGGUCGGAUCGAAGAAGCGCUGCGUGCGGCCAACGCAUGGGACUUCGUGUCCUCUCUACCUGAAGGCCUGGCUACGGAUGUUGGGUCCAGCGGCGCGCAGCUGUCUGGUAGGCAGAAGCAGCGCAUCGCUAUUGCGCGAGCGCUGAUUCGCAAGCCGAAGAUCCUACUGCUUGAUGAGGCAACAAGUGCGCUUGAUACGGAGAGCGAGAAGAUAGUACAAGGUGCAUUGGCACGGGCUGCAAUGGAGAGCGACAGGAUUACCAUUGCUGUUGCGCACCGCUUGAGCACUGUCAAGGACGCUGAUCUGAUUUGCGUCUUCUACAGGGGUAAGAUCGCGGAGAUGGGAAUGCACAAGGAUCUGCUCGCGCAAGGUGGCAUGUAUUCGAAGAUGUGUGAAGCUCAGUCGUUGGAAUAG